AUGGACUCAGUACCGAUGCUCAGCAUGGCUGAGCUCAACGCCAAAGCCCUGGACAAGUUUGUCUACCAACCCGUCGACACAGAUAUGAUUCUGUACUUGGCAGACGCCGCCGCCAACGUGAUUCAGUGCGAUACCAGCAUGAUGCCACCGCCGGCACAAUCCCGGUCGAGGACCACCUCGCAGGAACCGUCAGCGAGGGCGGUCAAGGACAGCGACGCCCGUCUCCCCAGCAUCGAAGAGUUUAUCACACAGCUGGUCAUCUCUUCUAACGUGCAAGUACCAACGCUCAUGUCGUCGCUGGUCUACCUGCGCCGCCUCAAGUCGCGCCUGCAGCCCAUGGCCAAGGGCCUGCGCUGCACCACGCACCGCAUCUUCCUGGCCGCUCUCAUCCUCUCGGCCAAGUACCUCAACGACUGCAGCCCCAAGAACAAGCACUGGGCCAACUACAGCUUCGUGUCGACAUCGGCCUACAACUUCGGCUUCAGCCGCACCGAAGUCAACCUAAUGGAGAAGCAGCUCCUCUUCCUCCUCGACUGGGAUCUCCGCAUCACCGAGGACGACCUCUACCGCGAGCUCGACCACUUCCUGGCCCCCAUCCGCGACGCCGUCCAGGACCGCCACGUGCGCCGCAUCAUGCGCAAGCACGAGCUCGAGACCCGCGAGCGCUACCUGCAGGAAGAGCGCCUCGCCCGCCAGCGCGAGCGCGAGGAGGAGGCCCGCCUUUGGCGCUCCCUCGCCGUGCCCCAACACCCCCAACAACCAGAGGAGCCCUACGCCCAACCGGACUACGCCAGCCCGUCCUCCUCGCGUGGCAGCUCCCACUCCCGCGGCGCCAGCGCCAGCAGCAGCAGCAGCCGCGCCGUCUCCCCGCCAGGCCUCUACUCCAGCAGCGGCUCGUCCUACUCCGAGUCUACCUCCUCGCGCGCCACCACCCCGCUCAGCGAGGCCGACAUCACUUCGGCCCACCAGCCGUAUGUGUUUGAGUCGCCCGUCAACAUCGGCGGUGAUGGCGCACAUGGCGAUGAGGAUGUUGAUGUCGAGGUGGUGGAUGCCGAAGAUGACUUGGAUGUGUAUGGGCGGCCGAGCGUACCCGAGAAGGAUGCGGUCUAUCUCCGCGCGGCGAAGCCGGCCAAGCAGCAGAUGCUGCCGUAUGAGAUUAGUGCCGAGGAGUUGAGGAGUUUGGAGGAGAGCGGGCGGGUUGGUGGUGGCGGCGUGGCGGGGAAGAAGAUUCGGGGGGUGUUUGGAAGGGUGUUUGGGACUGCCCGCUAA